AUGAACGUCAAACAAGCGGCAUGUCUCAACUGCCGCAAAAGCAAAAUUAAAUGUCGGCGCACAGAAGGCGCGCCGAUAUGCGAACGAUGCCAGAACGUCGGCAUUGAGUGCAUCAUUCCCGAGUUUCACAUUGGUAGACAAAAGGGUGUAAAAAACAAACGAUCAGGCUUAGAGAAAGCGAUAUACCAGGUCGAGGAAGCCAUCAAGAAGAGGAAGUCGGAUGCAGCUACGAGUCAGAGUACGCUGCAGCAGCUGCAACAACUCCUAAACGAGGCACAAAGGGACGAGGACUCGAACCAGAACCAGAACCCGGACACGUCUCCGGCCUCAGAGGUGUACCCACAAGCAUCAGUAAACAAUCUCGUUGGCACUUCAAGCGAUGACCAGCUCGCUGUUGAAGAUGUCGAGAACCCGCUCCAGCUCCUCGCUCGGGCAUCGGAUCUACGGAUUGCAACCCCACAAUCGUACAACCCGAGUACCGCCAGUCCAGAAGGCAGGUUCAAUGGCAGCGAACAGAGCGCAUUUCUGGACGUUCAUCAUUUUUUCCUCCCCAUGAAGGCAAAUCCUGAUCAGGGCUCAGGAUUGGAUCCGAUCGAUGUUGGUCUUGUGACCAAGGAUGAAGCUGAGAUGCUUCUACAGUAUUUUCACAAGAAACUAGCGCAUACGCGCUGGGGACUCGACCCGUUGGUACACACGUUGCCUUUUGUCCGGAACCGCUCAGCCUUCUUGUUCACUACGUUACUAGCCAUGACUGCCAUCUUUCUGCCAGAAACCUCUGCUCUGGCUAAGCGGCUACUACUGCAUCGCAGGUUUCUGGCAGAACAGGUCAUCACUCGAAAGUACAGAUCUGUCGAAAUCGUGCUAGCUUUCAUGGUCAGUAUACCUUGGAUGCCUCCAGGGUCGCAUGCGAGCGAUGAUGAUACCAGUCUCUACUUGGCUACAGCUCUAUCCAUCGCGCUGGACUUAAUGCUAGACAAAGUAAUCACACCGUCUAUAUCUUUCGACCAGGAAGUCGUUAGACAGAUACCGAAGGCUGAGUGUCUCCACGCAAGAAAAGCACUGGCUAUGGACGGCUUCGAAGAUGUCGACCCAAACUCGGAAUGGGGCCAGCGACUUCUGCGGCGCAGAGAAAGGGUCUGGAUCUCCCUAUUUGUAUUGGAACGUGGAGUCUGUCUAGCCCGCGGCCGCAGCUACUGUGUUCCCAAAACGUCUUUGAUUCAGUACUGCGACAAGUGGCACUUCAAUCAGUACGCUGAUGCCCAGGACGGACCGCUCAUAUCGAUGGCAGUACUCCGCCGCGAUCUUGAUGACCUCUUUGCUGAGGUGCGAACGCGCUGUGACAAUUACCGUCUUGUCGAGGUGGGCUCAAAGGUCGCCCAAGAAAUUGACGGGUCUGUCGAAAGCUUCUUCGAUAGCUGGUCUCGAGCCUGGCCUUCUGUGAUCGCUGAUCCAGAGAGUAAGAGUCUACCUCCGUAUGUCGAAAUUCUGGUCACACAUACACGACUUUCGACCUAUUCAAUGCUUCUUAAUCACCCAAGCGCACCUCCAGAAGUCAAACGAUCAUUUCGCAAGUCGGCGCUAUCUUCUGCACUCAACGUUAUGCGCGCGGCAAUCCAAGGCGAGUCUCGUCUCAAGUCGAUGCCGAAUAACACAGUCACGAUGAUUUGUUUUGCUGCAAGCAUAGCACUCGCUUUGAGUGCACCCGUACCGGAGGGUAGUGGAAACAAGAAGAGCCUUGCCCCAAGUGUUCGACAUCUCAUCGAAGACACAGCAACGGUUCUUGAGCGUAUAGGCAGCACACCAAUUCAUCGCAACGGUGCCUCCGUUGUUUACGGUCGCUUCUUGCGCGUUCUCGUCAAGCAGGCGCCGGACAUUGAAAGGAUGAUCCGAUUGCCAUCGCACGAUCCUGCACCAUCAUCCAUGGCCAUACCAGACCUUCUGUCACCGUCAUAUAAGGUCAAUGAAGCAUUGCCCGAGAACCACACGAUGGGCCCGGAUCCGAUUUCUAGCUACUGGCCGGAUACACUUGACUUUUCGGCCAUGUCGUACAAUGAAGUUAACGAGACUGUGACGAACUCAGACCUGUUUUCAACGGCGCUGUUGGAUCUGCCUUGGAAUGACAGCAAUCCAUUAUGGACGGACUGGAUGAAUCUACCGGACUUCAACUUCCCGUAA